ACAUAUCAAAAACUUUGCUCAAAAGCAAAACCAAUGUAUGAGCUCUUGAAAGGACAAUCUAGUUCAACCGGUCACGAGAAAGAAAAGGGAAAAUCAGCACUAUCAGGAAAACGAAGCCAACUGUCAUCGCGUACAUCUGUGGAGUGGACUUCAAUUCACCAAUCAGCAUUAGAAAAUCUAUUAAACGAGGUCACAUCCCCUCCUAUUCUAGCGUACCCGAAUUAUGAGUUGUCUUUCGUUGUUCACACGGACGCGUCACAGGAAGGCCUGGGAGCAGUCUUAUAUCAAGAACAAAAUGGAUCCUACGAGUUAUCGCAUAUGCAUCAAGAGCAUUAA